CGUAUCUUUAGGAGGAGGAAAAGGGUUUACAUACCUACAGCUCCAUGCGUGUCAGUGUGUACACAGCGCUGCUGGCCGCCGCAGCUUGCGGUCUGCUGUUGCUUCCUAGCUGUUUGGCUUCGGAAUCACAGCAGGACCCCAAGCUAUGGCAAAUUGGAAGUCCGCUUACUUGCGUUAAGCAGAAGACGCCUAUCGACUGCGACCUGCUGGACGAAUGCGUCUGGUGCUCCAAGCCCAACUCCAAGAUCGGCGCCGGCUGCUACCCCGUUGCCGCUGCCAGGCUGCUUCCUAAAAGCUUUGGCAUCGAGUGCGACAAGGAUCUCAACCCGCCGGCUGCCUCCACCACCACCUCCGCCCCGGCUGCAACCACCACCGCCGCGACCACCUCCUCUAGCGGGCGGGCGGGGGGCCUGCAAGGGCUGGUGCGGCAGAGUGCGUGCGACGGCAAGCCCCAGGCCGCCUGCGUGGCGCCGGGCUGCGUGUGGUGCACCAGCGCUGCGGUGGGAGGCGGCUGCUACACGCCGGACGAGGCCAAGCUGCUCCCCAAGGCGAUCUUCAAGUGCAAUGCCCCGACAGCGGUGGAGGCGUGAGGAGGGACGCAUUCAAGGAGGAGGAACGACAUGGGUGGUCCUGGGAUCUCCGGUAGAGGAUGUUUUCUUGGGGAACCCGGGUCAGCGGCAGUGUGGCAUGGAGUUCUGAGCUUGGGUGAUUACGUCAUCAGUUGUCUGUUGCACAGAAGAGGAAACGCAGGGUGUUGUACGUGUGUAAUUGAUGUUUGGUUGCUGGAGUGUCGUACGGCUACGGAUGGGCGCAAACCGCGGGUUGGUUUUGGAAUGCAGGGAUGAUGCAUACAUGCCAGAAACAUAGGUAGUUGGCACAGAUUGGAGCGUCAAUUGUGAUAUUGCGUUGCGGAAGUUGACUCGUCAAGUUGCCGUCGAGUUGAUGUCAUGUUGGCGGCUUGGUUUGCUGCCGGACGUAAUUUGUGUGAUGGUUGUUCGAGGGAAAGAGCCUUACCACUACUCAGCACCGCAUUGAAAGGCGCUUUAAAUGAGUCCGCUGCGAUGCUCAUGAAACGCAUGGGAGGUGUAACGCGUAAAACGUUCUCUUACUACGGCUCUAGACGUUGGCAUCAGGUGCCAAACCCAUGGCGUUCCCAUGGGCUAUGUUGCGGGUAAAACCCUUCUUUUGUCCACGCAAAUGCUGCACGCCAAAAAGGUUGCCUAACCAGGCACCUAGGAAAUGCCCCUAUCAUCAAGUGUACCACUGCGCUUUGCAACAAACACCAAAGCCACCACUUCGUGAUCCAGUCCUUCCUCGUAUCAGCCGAAGACUCUGAC